AUGGCAAGGAAAGACUACAUCUGGAUUCUGUGUAAAUUCUAUUGUGGGAAAAAAAGGGGAGUGGUCACCAAAAAGCAAGAGGAGGAAAUUUUUAAAAUUCUCGAAAGUUCAAGCAUGCCGCUGAACGUUAUGAUUAAGGAAGAAUUCGAUAGGAAAGCAACAACGCUGUAUGGGAAGAUAUACAAAAGCUUAAUUUUUUCUCGCUUCGUCGUCAUCUUCGCAAAUUUGAGGCUUCGACUUUUUAUCAUCCGAACUAGUAAUAGGUUCAAACAAGACAUUUCUCUUUUGGCGCAAUUUGUAACCCUGUGUGAUGAUUACCUGGACGUUCAAAUUCUAUACAUUGGAGUAACGCUGCUCAAAUGCAAGCGAUUUUUGAAGAACCUGUUCAUUCAGUUAAAAGUUGAGGAGAACAUUUCCAUGAUUAUGCAGUAA